AAAGUCUCAUUUGAAAAAUUUGAAAACGAGUAUCAAGUAAAAUUUCAAAUAUAAAAUAUCCGAAUCGGUUUACCAGCACUGUAAACAGGGGUAACAGUACCAUUUGAGAAUAACAGUCGCCGUACAUUGACAUUGCAUAAUCCGAUAAAAGUAAAAGCCAAGUGGAACAGUGCAUUUUGAGUACAUCAAAAAGGUCGCAUAAUUAGGUAAAGCAAGAACAUAUCGAUACUUCGCGAGCUUGCACCGAAUUUAAAUACGUAAAUGCGCAAGCUAUUAAAAAACCGCUGAAAUUAAACUGCUCGACAAUAAUUUAACCUUAUUCAAAUAAUAAGCAUGCUGCCAGAGUAAAAUUAAUAUUGUGGAAUUGUAGCUCAUCGCAUACUUUGGUUUUAUAUACAUAUACAUGUGCGUAAAGUGAACAACCGUUAGGUCCGCCAUCAUUCUCGGUUUCUGUCUAGACCGCGUGAUUUUGCUUUUCUAGAAACAAUUUCUUGUGAAUCAUUGCUUAGCAUCAAUCAUGAGUUUGGAUAUUGAUAAACUGACGUGCAUAGUUUGCGGCACCUGGGCCAGUUUAAUGUGCCAGCGUUGCGGAGAAUCCUACUGCAACGAUGUCUGUCAACGCAGGGAUUGGCAGCGCCACAAAUACUUCUGCUCCAUAAUGCCACCCUUGGUAAAGGCUUCAAUACCAGCGGCGGCUUAUAGGCCUGAAGCAGUUCCUGCCUAUGUCGUUAACAAUGCAACAAGCCCAACUCCUAUUCCAAAUGAACAAAGCGCACUUGAACCUAUGGUGAAGGAUUUAACGAUUGGCGAGCCAAUUGAGCAGCAAUUGAGUCUGACAUGGCGUGAGUCGGUAAUGCCGCCGGAAAAGGAGUUCUUCGAGUGUCGCGUCACUUACAUGGAAAAGGAUGGAUCCAUUUGGGUUGUGGCUAUAGCCAAUACCGAGCGCCUGGAGCGUCUCACCGACAGCAUGGCGCGCAGCAUGCAGUACCAGAAAUCAUGUUUAUUUGAGAAUAUUCUUGUUGGCGACCUGGUUGGCGUUAAUGUUGACCAUAAAAUGUAUCGCGGUGAGGUGAUCGCACUGAAUGAUUGCGCCGAGGUGCGACUCAUUGACUAUGGCGCAGUUGUUAGAUGCGAACUGCAGGACAUGUAUUUGCCUGUGCCGCGCAUGGCCGAGCACAAUGCGUUUGCCUUGAGGGUCAAGCUGCCGACCAAUGUGGGCGUGCAGAUCAACAAGAAUGUAACAUUGCGCUUAAUAGGCAGCCAGACACCCGAUGGCAUCGAGCAGGUGCAAUUGAAGCCCAAAAUGACCAUCCCGCUCAACUUGCCAGUUCAAAUGCUGGCCAUCAAUCCGGAGGUAAGCUUCGUAAGAACUCUGCAACAUGACGCCACACUCAAGGAGCCGCUGGUGGCUUUGCUGAAAAUUAAGGUUAUGAGCAAUUUAAAUGACGACUUGAACGCCAGGCUGACUGACAAGCCUGGACUGCUAUUCACUGAACCCUUUCCCGAAGAGAUACGUACAUUCUUUCUGGCGGCCCGCACCAAGCAGGGCUAUCGGCGUGCCAUGCUGCUUGACUUCAUAGAGCAGCCCAUGCUGUUUUUGGUCUACGAAAUGGAUGAGGGCCGCAUCUCGUUGACCGACGAGGUUUGUCGCAUUCCCAGUGAGCUACUCGGCCAUGCAUUGUGCGUGUUUGCCGUCACUCCUGCAGAGGGCUACACGCGAUCCUUGCAGCAGGCGCUAACGCAAGCCGGUGAAAAUCUAUGCAUCAAGUUUAACAUGGAGAACUUGCAAGGCAAGGACAAGUUGCGCACGGCCCAGGCAACGCUGCUGGCCGACAAUGCUCAAAUGUGCGCUGUGCGCGCCAUGACCUUCCUGGGCCGCGUGUGCGACCUGGGCCACAAAUACUGGCGGGAGUCGAUUGAGAACGGUAGCUUGGUAUACAUAUCGCAUGUCAUCAACUACCAGGAGGUGUGUAUCAGCUCUGUGCAGACCAAGCAAUACGAAGACAUAUUUAAAUACGUGGAGUCAAAAUGUCCACCAUUUAGGCAGUCGAGUGAUGUCGCGGUUGGAAGCCUUGUGCUUGUCGUGAGUCCCAGUCGAGGCAACUUUCGUGCAGAGGUUACCGGAGUGGAGAACAAUAAGUUUAUUGUUCGUAACAUCGACACUGGCUCCACGCAUAAUGUGGCACGGAAUUACCUUCGCAUGCCUUGUCCAUUUUUGGAGAACUUGCCCGUGUGCCAAUGCCGCGUCAAAAUCAAAACCAUCUGUAACAUACCGUCGUCGGCAGUACCGCCAAAUACAGUUGCCCUGCAGACACUGAUGAAGCUGUUCACCCAGAAGACGGAGAUGCAGGUGGACUUUGAAGAUGCCGUUGGCAGCACAGUUGAUUUGAUUGACUUUUCGGCCGAACCGCAAUCGUUGAUGACCCGCAUGCUGCCCCUGAUGUUUACGCCAGUUGCAGUCGAGCUGGAGCCAGCUCUGAGCUUACCUGCAUCCCCGGUUGUUGCGCCGGAGCCCAUUAAGGCGCAACAAGCCGAGCAAAUGUCAGCCAUUGAAUUGCCGCCGCUUCCACCUUCGCCGCCAAAUUCACCGAUUGAAAAUGAUAAGUCUUCUAAAGCUGUGAAACGUCACUACUUCAAUGAUUUGGAGCGUCAUCUCGUACCGCUGGGCGAAGAUGUGCUAGUUUUGAUCCUAAAUACUACGGGUCUGCAUAAGUGUGGAUACGCAACUGCUUGCUUCUUCUCCAGCGAGAAGGUCGCAGAAGAUUUCCAGAAUCUGCUCGAUCUUGUGGCCAGCAUUGGCAUUGUAGACGAUACACUGAAGCCGGGCUAUUUACCUGACGUUGGCGAAAUGUGCCUGACCCUUUUUACCGAGGACAAUUAUUGGUAUCGUGGCGUUUGCCAGCGUGUUAGCGGGCAAAAAGCUAGCAUUUUGUAUUGUGACUUUGGAAACUCAGAAGUGGUUCCCCUGGAGCGGAUUAAACCAAUUACGCCCGAGGUGCUGCAUGGAGUAUAUGCCACCAAAUGCUUUAUAGAUGGUUUCGAUAAAGCCAAAAAUUUCUUGAUUCUUGAGGAAUAUCUGGCAGAUAAAAAUAAGAUACUCUGCAAUGUGCUCGAAGGACCAGAGCCGAACACACGUCUUAUUAGCAUUCCACAUUUGGACAAGAUUUUGUCCCAGGAACUUAUUUAAUUUUAAUAUACUUUGAAAAACCUCAUUUUUGACGAUAUGGAUAACGUCCGUUUGUUAUGU